AUAAGGUACCUCAAGGGGCGAGCUUCGAGCCGGAAUGUGGUACCGUAUGGGACCUGAUCCAUUUUUAAAAAAAAAAAAAUAAAGAGAGGAAAAAAGUAGAGUCUCGCGCAGCAUGGAGAGGAGAGGCAUCAUCCUCGAGAUCGUGUUGCCCUAACCUUACCUCAUAUCACCCUUUAGGUUCUUCCCUUCCAUCACAUACAUGAGAAAGCGAGGGUGAAACUAAGUACUUGGUGACAUGAUCGGGACCCUAAGGUAAGGUCAGGUAGGAAGCACCCGUCUUAGCUUCCUUUUCCAAUUCCCAUCCUUCCCGUCUAUUUCCCUAAGGUACCUACCUACCUACCUUAGCUCGGAGUACCUUACUCAAGCUAAGCUCAGGUAGAUACUCGCCUCCAUUACUAGCCCGCUCGCGUCAAGAUACAUGGCCCUUUGUACCUCACUCCCAUCCGACGUCUGUCUCUCGAGCGCGCAGUGCUCGGUCUGUGGCCCCGUUGACCUCAUCGACGUUUUCCAUCUCUUCGUCAGGUCUUUGCCUCUCUCUCUCCCACUCCCGUCUCUCUCCCUCUCCCUUCUCCGCCCUCUCGCACUCUCUUCUGUUGCUUCGCUCGGCGCGCGCUGCAAGUGACUUGAGAAAUCUCGCUUCAACUCAGCUCCAACUCAUCUCAAAUCACCUACUCCUCUCUUGCUUUCCCAUACCUGACAGUCUCGUUGCCCCUGUCAUCGUCUUUCUUCCCAUCCUCGCUGAAGAGCAUCAUCCUGAACAAAGCACCCUACUACAAACGCAACCUCCCUAGAGGUACCUCACUCGAUUCGAAAUUCGGUCACCUGCAGUUACGCCAAAGCGUCUCUACGUAAUUCGCAUCCAUCUGACACCCGACCAUCCGUAUUACCUUAGUUCCCACAUGGCAAACAUCCACCUUAGAGCAUAACUAUCCCAGGGCUCUAUACUACUACGCGCUUCCGUGUCCAUCACCUUGCCGGACCACUUCUCGACAGAUCCGCCCGCUCCUCCCGUCAUUGACUGCAUGAGGAGCUUUUCUUCCGCUGCGACCAAUCAUCUGUUGUGUCCGCGACGACUUCUUCGUGCCACGAGCCCCCUCGUGCCGUCACUUGUCCCGCUCCUGAGCUCAUCGCUCGCUUGUGUCUCCCACCCCCAUCAGUACUCGUUCAGACAACCAUUUAUAUUACUUAACUGCUGCCCAUACACCACCAUGGCCGCACCCAAGCGAAAGAAGUCCGGUAUAACAAAUGGACAACCUACUACCACCGAGGCUGCCAAUCCCGUCCCUGACACUCCGGCUCCGCGCCGAUCCGCCAGAAACAUCAGCGACGUGAAAACAGUCACCAAGCCCGGCGCCGCCAUGAGUCCCACCGAGGCCGAUCUUGCAAAAGACCAACCACCGGCUAAGCGCCGCCAGAUUAGCCGCAGGAAGGCCGAGUCUGAGAAUGGCGUGCGCCGUGCCAUAAGAGAGCUUACUGAGAUGGAGAACCGUCUACAGAAUUCCACCAGGAACCAGCGUCUUGCCAUUGAGACCAGCCAUGUCCCGCCUGGUGCAACUAAGCCUCACUCAGACCAACACGCAUAUAAACCUCACAUGGCAGUCCAUCCGUCAGAUCCAGAGAAGCUCGCCCGGAUGGCUGAGGAGGAGCGAUCCGGUACCCCCAAUUUGGAUGCCGCCCCAAUAGAAGGCCCGGACGGGGAAGGCGCCGUCGGCGACGUCGAGGACGACAAGAUGCGCCUCGAGAACGCCCCGGAGAGAGGUGCUGGACGAGAGCCGCCUGUGAACAGCAGCUAUCUACCUCUCCCAUGGUCUGGAAGGUUGGGUUACGCUUGUCUCAAUACCUAUCUCCGCGCCGCAAAUCCACCCGUCUUCAGUUCGAGAACUUGCCGCAUCGCCUCCAUCUUACAACACCGUCACCCUCUUGCUGAUCCAUCCCAGCCUGAACAUCCUACCAAGAAUCGCCCUGACGAAAACCAGCCGGCCGAUAUCAAACGCGGUCAGAAGUAUGUCGAGGAACUGGGCUUGGCCAACGCUCGGGAUAUUGUGAAAAUGCUUCGCUGGAACGACAAGUAUGGUAUUAAGUUCAUGCGACUCAGCUCAGAAAUGUUUCCAUUCGCUAGUCAUGAGGAAUACGGCUACCGCCUCACCCCGUUCGCUGCGGAGCCUCUUGCAGAAGCCGGAAAAGUCGCUGCACAACUAGGCCACAGACUGACAACGCACCCUGGCCAGUUUACUCAGCUUGGCUCACCACGCAAAGAAGUCAUCACAGCCGCAAUUCGCGAUCUUGAAUAUCACGAUGAAUUGCUCGGCCUUCUCCGUCUCCCGGAGCAGCAAAACAGAGACGCCAUCAUGAUAUUGCAUAUGGGUGGCACAUACGGCGACAAGGCAUCUACGCUGGACCGAUUCCGUACCAACUACACUAAGCUGUCACAGUCUAUCAAGAACCGACUUGUCCUCGAGAACGACGAUGUGGCCUGGUCUGUCCAUGACCUACUACCCAUCUGCGAGGAGCUGAAUAUCCCAUUGGUUCUGGACUUCCAUCACCACAACAUCAUCUUCGACGCAAGCCAAUUGCGUGAGGGCACCGAGGAUAUUAUGAAGAUCUACGACAGAAUCAGUGCUACAUGGACGCGCAAGAACAUCAAGCAAAAGAUGCAUUAUAGCGAAUCGUGCCCGAGCGCUACCACACCCCGAGACCGAAGAAAACACUCUCCGCGAGUGCGCACUCUUCCACCGUGCCCCCCUGAUGCAGAUCUCAUGAUUGAGGCCAAGGACAAGGAGCAGGCUGUCUUUGAACUCAUGCGAACAUUCAGGCUUCCGGGUUGGGACUUAUUCAACAACGUGGUUCCACACGAGCGACUGGAUGAAAUGCGGCCGAACAAGGCGGUCACCAAGAAGGAUGGCAAAAAGAAGCCGAAGAAAUCCAAGAAGAAGAAAGACGAUGACGAAGAAGACGACGAACCAGAGGAACCUGAAUCCGUCCCCGUGGAAGAGAAAAUCAUAGCACCUGAGGAUUUCGGCAUGGGUGGUCCGCAACAUAGGGUGUAUUGGCCCGAGGGCAUGGAAGAAUGGUUGAGGCCUAAGAAGCGGGAGGUCAAGAAAGCAAAAUCGACACAAAUCAAAGAGGAGAUCAAGAAGGAAGAUGAUUAAUGCCAUACCCUGAUGGCAUGACGACUGGGGAGGUUCACCAUGUACAAUAUGUAUGAAG